AUGGGUUCGUAUGCUGAAGAGCAGAUCCUUCCAGCAGAAAAAGUGGUGCCUGUUCCAUCCACUAUGGAUCCUGUUGUAGCUGCAUCAAUUCCUAGGCCUUCAGGUAUGGAAGCAGUUGGUGUGAUGCCUUCCCUGGGUCCUGGACUAACGGGCAGGAAAGUUGGAGAUCUCGUCGCUUAUGGUGGUGACCCAAUGGGUUCGUAUGCUGAAGAGCAGAUCCUUCCAGCAGAAAAAGUGGUGCCUGUUCCAUCCACUAUGGAUCCUGUUGUAGCUGCAUCAAUUCCUAGGCCGUUGUUUCAAACAGCAGGUGUAGUUGGGUCUCUGUUGUGCCAGUGGGCAAUUGCCCUUGGUGCCACUGUAAUUGGAACCGUCUCAACCAAAGAAAAGGCAGAUCAAGCCAAAGAUGAUGGAUGUCAUCUUGUCAUAAUGUACAAGGAAGAAGAUUUUGUUACCCGUGUCAAUGAGAUAACAUCAGGCAAAAGAGUUGAUGUUGUCUAUGAUUCAGUUGGAAAAGACACAGUCCAGGGUUCUUUGGCAUGCUUAAAAACCCGCGGAUACAUGGUAAGUUUUGGGCAUUCCUCCGGUAUGCCAGAAUCACUACCAUCAGCACUUGAUGCGAAAUCGCUGUUCUUGACAAGGCCCGCCCUCAUGCACUACAGUCUAACACGGGAGGAGCUGCUUGAAACUGCUGGAGAGCUAUUUGCUGGUGUCACAUCAGGGGUCUUACGAGUCCGUGAGUUGGGACAGUCGGAUAGCACAAACAUUCCAAUAAGUGCAUGCUCAAUUUGGUCUGUCCCCAAAGUGAGAAAUGUACCACCCUAG